GAGGUGACUCUCUGGCUCGCAUCGCCUCCGCUCUCCUAUCCCGCCUGACGUUGGACAACAAAGAUGGCGGCAGGAACCAGCAAUUACUGGGAAGAUCUCAGGAAACAGGCUCGGCAGCUGGAAAAUGAACUUGACCUGAAACUAGUUUCCUUCAGUAAACUCUGUACAAGUUACAGUCACAGCAGUGCCCGAGAUGGAAGACGCGACAGGUAUAGCUCUGACACAACACCCCUUUUAAAUGGAUCAAGCCAAGAUAGAAUGUUUGAAACUAUGGCAAUUGAGAUUGAACAGCUUUUGGCCAGGCUUACAGGAGUAAAUGAUAAAAUGGCAGAAUAUACUAACAGUGCAGGUGUCCCGUCCUUGAAUGCAGCACUGAUGCAUACAUUACAGCGACAUAGAGACAUAUUGCAGGAUUAUACACAUGAAUUCCAUAAAACCAAAGCAAACUUUGUGGCAAUACGGGAAAGGGAGAAUCUCAUGGGAUCAGUACGAAAGGACAUUGAGUCAUAUAAAAGUGGGUCUGGAGUAAACAACAGAAGAACUGAACUAUUUUUGAAAGAACAUGACCACCUUCGAAACUCAGAUCGUCUAAUAGAAGAGACAAUAAGCAUUGCUAUGGCAACAAAAGAAAAUAUGACUUCACAGAGAGGAAUGUUGAAGUCAAUUCAAAGCAAAAUGAACACUUUGGCCAAUCGUUUUCCUGCUGUGAACAGCCUGAUCCAGCGGAUCAACCUUAGGAAGCGGCGAGACUCCCUCAUCCUGGGGGGUGUUGUUGGCAUCUGUACCAUCCUAUUGCUGCUCUAUGCUUUCCAUUGAUGGGACAUCUCCGGGGACUCUUGACAGCCACCACUUUCUCGCCCUGAUCUGGAAUAAGGAAAAGUAGCAAGGAGAAGUUGACUGACCUGACAAUGAGCCUGACCAGCAGGAUUCGUUCAAGACAGAUAGUGAUGGACUCCGUGACAUUGUCAGGUUGAGCUGAAGCCACAGGUUUUCUGUGCUGUCUUUUCUAACACACAUUUCUCUCUGUUUUUAGUUAAAAAAAAAAUUUUUUUUUUUCAGUUGCUUUUGUCUCCCCAAGAGGUAAGUAAACUCAUCAGAACCAGAGUGUCUGCUUCAGUGAUAGUGCUGGAGGCUGCUGACCAGCCAGUUCACAGCCAGAGUCUUCAGAAAACCAGGCUUCUCUAUAUCCAAAGACUGCUUUCCUUUCAGCCACCAGAUGGGGUUGUGAAUAAAAAUAGUUUUUGUCCUUUUAUUUUACACUCAUGGUGAGAAAUCACAAGUUAUUUCUUGAUGAUCUGUGCUCUAAAUUUCUACUCUAUGUCCCCAGCUCUUUUGGUAUUCAAGAAAAAUUACAUUUUUCACAGAAUCUUUGAGACGCUCCCAGGCCAACUUCAACACAGUUGAGGUUGUCUGAAACAGAAAACAAGCACUGCAAAAAAUUUUUUCUUGAUCUUUUUUUAAUUUUAAUUGUGCACCCACUGGGGUUAAUUAACUGUAUUGCUGGGAAAACAUCAAGAAGGACACGCGCUUUUUGUCAGCUUUUUCCACUGGGUUACCAUUUGCUACUUCAAGAAAAUGAAAUCCUAACUCUACCAUGACAGGAAGUCAGUGUCUGUCGGUGCCCCCAGCUCGUCCUCAUCACGUCGGAAUUAACACCGGCCACUGAGGCAGGGUGUUAAUCCAUUUUCAGUGAGAUGUCUUUAACAAGCCACGUGUCAAGAGACACUGAGUUGGGGGUCACCAUCCAGAUAAUUCCAUUUGUAAAUGUCCCACAAUUUAGGAGCAAAAGUUUAAGAACCAUUGUCUCAUGUACCAGGAAUUCUGUGUUCUGUGAAAACAUACUCAUUCCAAACCUGUUAAGCUUUUCCAAACAUCCAGAGAAUGGCUUUGCUGUUGGAGGUGCUUAUGAUGGCGUCUGUCUCUCUGCCUCUGUCUUCUCUUACCACCCUGGACAGUGACACAAUUUUAAACCACCCACCAGAAUUUUUUUCAAGUUUAACCAUUUUACGAUUUCUCAGUUUUUGUGAAUUUAUUACUUCUCUUAAUGAACUACUGCAAAUAGGUUGAAGACCCAACAUCGGCCCUCCUCACCCAGAACGAAGGCUGUACUUCGCCUUGGGAAUUUACCAUGAUAUUUGUAGUAUUGGCUUGAGACGGUGCCACAGCAGCUCAGAGGACGUUAGCGUGCAAGUCUUAACCACAUCACAGUGUGUCGAUGGUGACUUUCAGAUGGACUUGAUGACAGGCUGAUGGGUAGACUCACCUCUGGUCUGGUACAGAAAUGGAGAGGGUUUUCCUUCGGUGUCCACGUUUUGUUGUGUUCUGGGUGUGAAGAGAAUUUGAUAUAUUUUUUUUAACUAUGGGGUUUAUUUUUCUAAAUAUGGGUUAGUUGAUCAGUGAAUUGAUUGGGGAUGCCCUUAAAAGAAAAUUGAAGUUUUCCCAGUGUGAACCUUAAAAUAUCAGAGAAGGAAGUUUGCUUAUUCAGUUCUCUGUUGGGAGAACAAAACUUCUCUCCAGUGACACUUUAUUAUCUUUGAUUUUUCAAAGGGUCUUGAUCAGUGGUUGUGCCUCAGCUAGACUUUAUGGGACUUUGGUUGCUAUGUAGUAGGCAUUUAUAAAGUCUGAAGUAUCAUAAAUAAAUAAAAAAUAAAGUUAUUUAUUUAAUUAUA